GCUGUCUCUGAUUGGUCCACAGACGGUGGGUAAGAGCAGUAAGAUGCUGCAGCACAUUGACUUCAGGAUGAGAUGCAUCCUGCAGGAUGGACGGAUCUUCAUCGGCACCUUCAAGGCCUUCGACAAACACAUGAACCUGAUCCUGUGUGACUGCGACGAGUUCAGGAAGAUCAAGCCGAAGAACUCGAAGCAGCCUGAGCGAGAGGAGAAGAGGGUUCUGGGUCUGGUUCUGCUGAGGGGGGAGAACCUGGUCUCAAUGACGGUGGAGGGCCCGCCCCCUAAAGAUACGGGUAUAGCCCGUGUGCCGCUGGCGGGCGUGGCCGGGGGUCCAGGAGUUGGUCGUGCAGCAGGUCGCGGCGUCCCAGCAGGAGCUCCCAUGCCUCAGGCUCCAGCUGGGCUCGCUGGCCCCGUCAGAGGGGUGGGCGGGCCCUCGCAGCAGGUGAUGACUCCGCAGGGCAGAGGAACGGUUGCCGCGGCGGCAGCAGGUGCGAGCAUCGCUGGAGCUCCUACACAGUAUCCACCUGGACGAGGAGCCCCGCCCCCAAUGGGCCGAGGAGCCCCACCUCCAGGUAUGAUGGGCCCGCCCCCUGGCAUGCGGCCCCCCAUGGGUCCUCCAAUGGGGAUGCCUCCUGGUCGAGGCGCUCCGAUGGGCAUGCCCCCCCCAGGCAUGAGGCCGCCACCCCCCGGGAUGAGAGGACCGCCCCCUCCCGGGAUGAGACCACCCCCCCGACCCUGAAGAAGCUCCGCCCCCUCACUCACUUGUUGUAUAGACUUUUUUUUUUAAUGUCCUGUUUUGUGUUUUUUAAUAAAGUUUCAUCAGGAUGUUUCAUUUCA